AUGUUGACUCGUUCCCCGCGCAGGCUCGCCUUACUCUCAUUAAUCUGUUUCAUCGUUCUUCUCUCUUUUGUCAAACAGCUGCCUCUUGCCGCAGAUAUCCACUACGGCUAUUCACGAUUCUCGAACAAGAUCCACCCGAACUCUGCGCAAACAAGCUCUUCCAAGGAAUACAUGCAGCAAGUCUUGGAGUGGAAUAGGCCGAGUAAUGAACCGACGGAUGGACAUUGGCCGCCUUAUGGGCAAUAUGUGGACAAGAAAUACGAUCCCAAUCGCUGGGAAGGCUUCCCAAUGGACCACGGCUUCUUCGACCAAGGAGUUUCCAAGUUGGGCAAAUCUGCGUUAAAAUCACAAUCGCCGUACACACCGUAUCCAAAGUACAACAGCCCAGAAUGGAAGAAGCAGUGGAAGGGGAAACAAGUAGCAUGUGUUGGACCACGAGGACUGCCUCUUGAUGUCAGCAAGAAGGACUUGACGCGGGCCUAUAAAGGGCUGCCAAAAGAUCUCCCCAGGCCUCUUAUCGGAAGUUACGAAGCCGUGGGUCUGGACGGCGAGGCAUGCUUUGAUCGUUCCUCGCGGUAUGGCCCCUACGGGUAUGGUGAUGAAGAAGGCAAAGGCGUGGAUUGGAACAACACCAAUUGGGGAAGCCUUCAAAACGAAUGUCUCAAGCUAAACCAGGAUCGAUACCGCCCAGAGGCCCGGAGUAGCCCCAAUAUGCGGCCGAACCUCGAGCUACCUGCAGCUCAUAUGAACAAGACUUCUAGUGAUGGUGAAAUCCCAUUACCGUCAUACCACAAGCGUACAGCAGUCCUAAUCCGCUCCUGGGAGGGCUACCAAUACGAGGAGAACGAUAUCACUGCUAUCCGAGCGAUGGUUUCCGAGCUUUCCCUUCAAUCCGGUGGGGAAUAUCAAGUUUUCCUAUAUGUACACAUCAAAGACAAGAAGAAGCCGAUCUUCACGGAUUCAGAAGUCUACGAGGAAGUCCUGAAAGCCAACGUCCCACACGAGCUACGGGACAUGGCCUUGUUAUGGUCCGAGGCGGCUUUCCCGAAAUGGUAUCCCCUCGUCACAGAUUGGCAGGUUUACUGGCAUCAGUACAUGUGUGUGCAGUUCUUCUCUCAAAAACACCCUGAGUUCGACUACGUUUGGAAUUGGGAAACGGAUGCGAGGUACAUCGGACAGCACUAUCACUUCUUUGAGAAGAUCGCACAGUUCGCCGAGAAACAGCCCCGGAAGCUGAUGUGGGAACGAAACAAGCGCUACUAUAUCCCGGAGGUCCAUGGAUCCUACUCGGCUUUCCUCAACGACACGCACGAAACUAUCCUGAAGGCUUCAUCAGACGGCCUCAUCCCACAACCAGUCUGGGGACCACGACCCUACCCGGGCGCAGAGCCACCUCAGAAACCCCUCGGACCUGUCCCACCGACAUCCAUGGCCGACGACAACUUCGCCUGGGGCGUCGACGAGCCCGCCGACCUAAUCACCCUCCUCCCCAUCUGGGACCCCCGCAACACAACCUGGUCCUACCGCAACCACAUCUGGAACUACGUGCCCACCAUCCACCCCGUCUUCAACAGCGCCAACCCCGCCGCCUUCGGCUUCGACCACGCCGACUUCGCGCACCUCGAGCGCCGCGCCUACAUCAACACGGUCGUGCGCUUCUCCAAGCCGCUGCUGCAGGCCAUGCACGCCGAGAACCUGGCCGGCCGCUCCAUGCAGGCCGAGAUGUGGCCGACCACGGUCGCGCUGCAGCACGGCCUCAAGGCCAUCUACGCGCCCCACCCCAUCUUCGCGGACCGCGCGUGGCCUGCGCGCUACGCCGAUGGCAUCUUCAACGCGCACGCGACUGUCGAUGCGGCGACGGGGGAGGCGCUGGACGCGGUGCCGGGCAUGUGGGGCGAGCUGGAGGAUAGCCCGUACCAGCAUGACCGCGAGCACAACUUCUAUGGGUGGAGCUGGUAUUACGCGUCUACGUUCCCGCGGGUGCUGUAUCGGCGGUGGUUGGGGUGGCCGGUGAAGGUGCAUGAGUGGGGGAAGGAAGAGGAGGUGCUGGGGGGGCCGGAGGCGGAGAAGGAGGGUGGGCGGAUGUGUUUGCCGGGUAUGCUGCUGCAUCCGGUCAAGAAGAUGGGGAGGGAGAGGUUGAUAGUGUGAAGUGAGGUUUGCUGUGGCGUUUUCGCGCUCUCUCUUGUCGCGCUUUCUCUGGCGUUUAAAAUCUGAAUUGAUGUUUUGUUGGGUCGUGGUUUGGUGGUGGGGUUGAUUCUGUACAGUGUCGUUUAGACUUAUAUGGGUAUUGGCAUGGGUACUCGGGCUGGAUAGUGAUGGGCUGUGGUUUGGUUCAGCUGACGUGAAUACCCUGCUUUUCGAAAGGGUAUGGAGGAUUGCGUAUAGUAUAUCCGUUGGCGAGGAUACGAGGUUUUGUAUACGUAGUUAAGCGUUAGUAGUAGGCGCUAGCAUAUACUCUUUAUUUUUGGUUUUGGGAGGAAUGUCAAAGUACCCCUGAUAGUGUCAAGAAGGGGGUCAGUGAGUGGCAAAAACCGCUACUCGCGAAUUUGGUUCAUUUGUUCUUGAAUGGCAAAACCGGUG